CACAUCUGUAUGACAAGAAAUGGACCGUAACUUUGCUCGCAACUUCUGCAAUUUUAUGCCGGAGUGCAAGUUUGCCUAUGGUGUUACCACUCUUAUUUCAUAUCCCACGCAUAUUGGAUGCUGGAUUGCCCCAGUUGAUUUCGGAAACCGUUGGGAGGCAAUGCGACUGCUAGGAGGUCCCAUCAUUUCCUACUGUCUGAUACCGUGGCAACUUCACAACUGACCUCGUCCUUUCAUAUCGAACUUCAAUGUUUCUUCCGGCCAAUCGGAGCUACCUCCCUCGGCACUUACUUCGACCCACUUGAUGGGCGCUCCCACAGCGGUCCGCCCAUCUCAGUCAUUGGACCGCUGAGAUGCAGACUUCAAGUAUUUCACGACAUGCGUUGAUAGAGUUUCGCACCUCCGUCCAGUCGAUUAAGAACAAAUUGUUGGAGAUUAUCAUGCAGCUAACGUCAAAAUCGAUCCAUCUGAUGUCCCGAACUUCCAGUAUCUUGUUUCAGCUGGUUAUUUCCCUUACUGUGGUUCGCACUACCCGAGGCGCAGGCGUUAAAGUUGAAGAUUCCAUAUUUUCGAGAUGGGCGGAUGGCACUCGGAAGUCGCUACCAUCGGGGCACUCGAUGUUGCUGCGACCCCGAGGCAUUGCUGCGAGAUACCCACCCUACCUUGUGGACCAUCGAUGCCUCGUGGACAUGACUGUGCACAAAUCAUCUCAGGAUGCUAAGGGAGCGCUCUCCUGAUGUCUAAGAAUUUUGGUGGUCAGGCUUCGCUUGAAGCAUUUUCCCAAUAACUACAAGCAAAUCAAGUACGAGGUCUCGAGUAGCAUGCGCCCAAGUAACAAAAAACUUCGCGAAUUGUUACCUGUCGGUGAUAGAAGGGCAACGUACUCUUGCCUCGCACGAUAGGCCGAACUCAUCGGUCCUAAAAUACAACAACGCCCUCAUGAGUCGAAUAGAAGGUAGUUAUUCAGUCAUCCACCUACACCAGGCACUCGCCAAAAUGAAUCCACAUGAUUCCA